AUGAAAAACGAAUCUCAAUCCCAAAUCCCAAAUGAAACUCCCUUGGUCUUAGGGACCGCAACCACCACCCCCAGGAGCCUACAGCGGGCGGUGUCCGCUGAGAGACGCCGUUCGCCGCUGUCCAGCGCGGAGAAGUUGUUGGUGACGCCGGCGCGGAGCCUCUCUGUCUCGUUUCAGGGGGAAUCGGAGAAUUCCAAGCCGACUGGCCAGCAACAACUUCAGCAACAUCGCUGGCCAGGAAGAUUACGUGUGGAGAAUUCGAGUUUGCUGGCCCGGAGUUUGGAUCACGGUUCAGAGAAAGCGAAAUGGAGUGGAUCAGGGCAUGUUCUCCGGGAGGUGAGAAAGUCUGUGGUCGAUGAAACUAGUAUGCGCAAGUCUGUUACUGAAUUGAAGCUUAAGAAUAACAUUGAAGAGACUCGAGGAACAAGUGAGGUUGGACGGAGAUUACAGAAGCCGUUGAAUUCAGAUGUUGGGAGUAUACACACAAUUCAACUGGGUAAAAGGGUACAUAAAGCACCAGAACCCGCUUCACCUUUGUCAAAUGGAACAUUAGGUCCUUCAAAAUUCACUCUGCAGAAGAAAUUUCCAAAUAGUAGUCCUGUAUCUUCCCCUCGAGAACUUUACCCCUCUAGGGGAUUAUCACCUGUUCGAACGAGUGUAAGAGCGGCUUCCCCAUGCAGGGCCUUGAGUUCAUCAACUGGUGCAGUUUUGAGGGGUAUUGCUAGUCCAUCAAUGGUUAGAAGCAAAACAGUGAGUUCGAUGAAUGGCGAUAACACAUGCUGCACACCAUCUGCAUUAAGCUAUGCCACUGAUGUUAGGAGAGGGAAGUUGGGAGAGAACCGAAUAGCGGAUGCACAUGGAUUGAUGCUACUCCACAAUCGGCUUUUGCAGUGGAGGUUAGCAAAUGCAAAGGUCGAGAAUACCAUGUUGGUGCAAAGAUAUACGGCUGAGAGAAGCCUCUAUGAUGCUUGUAUGACGACCUUUAAAUUGCGACAUUCGGUCAUCUCCAAGGAAAUUGAGUUGCAAUUGCUGAGACGUAGUCACAAACUGUAUUCUAUAUUGAAGAAACAAGAACCACAUUUGGAAAACUGGAAUCUGUUGGAUCAGGAUCACCACAGGUCAGUCUCUGAUGCUAUUAAAGCUUUGGAAGCUGGCACUAUUCGUCUUCCUGUUUGUGGGGCAAGAGCUGAAGUUCUUAAGGUGCAAGAAGCAAUAACUUCAGCUGUUGACGUGAUGCAAGCAAUGGCAUCUUCAGUUUGCUCUUUGCAAGUGAAGGUGGAGCAGAUGAACUUACUGGUUUCUGAACUGAGUAAGUUAAGUGCUCAGGAGCAUUGUUUGCUUGAGGAAUACACAGAUUUGUUUUCGAGAACAUUCAUACCCUUGCAGGUGACUGAGUGUAGUCUGAGGAGCCAUAUAUUGCAAGCUGACGACAAGAAGCUUGGAAAAGAAAGUCCAACAGCCUGA